GGUACUGUAUAUUUACACAAGUUUUACACUUUUUUGUUGUUGACCAAUUGUGACCUAAUGGGCCAGCCAUCACUGAAACUAUAUCCUGUUUCAACCAACCCUGGUCUUCCCUAAUGUAGGCUAUAAUAAGGAGAACACAAUAUGCUCUAGAGUUUACUAGCCUACUUUUGGCACAUUAGUAACUGUAUAUGGCCUGUAACAAACUGCACAGCAUGCAAUUUCCACUUUGUCAUGUGGUAAACCAAGGCCAUGUUCGAACAUUCCCUCAAACAAAGAUCUAGAAAAACGGUUGAUUGGAAACAAAGGGUCUUCUUGUAAUGGUACAUUUGACACAGCAGUAUUCUCCCUCGCCUGCCUUUAGUUUGUUUUUGUUUUUUUGCUUGGUCAUCAUUGGCAGAGCGUUUGUAAUGUCAGCCACAAAGGCUAACAAACUCUGGAAGGUCCCACGCGUGAGGCUUGCGUGGGAACUGGCCAGCGUGAGAUUUUUGGGGGUCUAUUUCGCAGCCGCCCAGUGCCAGGCAGCCUUUAGUCUAAAAUGAGACAGCCGAGGGUGAGCACCCGAGUUUUCACACACUAAAGGUGCCGCAGGGAAGAACGCACUCCGGGGAUAACACCAACCGAUGCAGCGGGAUAGCGACGACCACCACCAUGUACAAGACCAGUUACCUGCGCGAGGUGCGCAAGGAGAAGUAUGAGCGUUCUGAUGUCUUCGAGGAGCCCUACGGCCCUGAUGCAUCCGCGGGCACCUCAGCCAUCCAGGGCUGGGAGAGCCUGCAGGAGCUCAACAGCCGCUUCGCCCGCUAUAUUAAUCGGGCACGCGUGCUGGAGCAGCGCAAUUCUGUGUUCCGCAAGCAGCUAGAGACGCUGCAGCGGAUGGAAGAGGCCAGUGGGCUUGAGGAGGCCUUUACUGAACAGAUUGGCCUGAACCGGCAGCGCAUCUGCGAGCUCUCCGCCAACCGUGCCAAACUUGAGCGCGAGCUGAAGGACGCAUGCCGCAUGCUGGACGAGUUCACCAACAAAUACAGAAAUGAGUGUGAGUUUCAAGAACAGCUGCGGGGUACAUUGGAACAACUCAACAAGGAGGCUGACCAUAACCUGCUCAGGAACCUGGAGUUUCAGAUCCAGACCCAGUUCCUUCAGGAUGACAUCAACACCACCAAAGACAGACACAGAAAGAACCUGUCAGAGAUCCAGACCUACGUGAAUAUCCUCCACCAGAUCAACCAGACGAUACACCUGGUGCCAAAUAUGGCCGUGGGCACCUCUGAGGAGCAGGAGAAGCAGCUGGCCCAGAGGAGAGUUCCAGCCCUGCAGAGUCAGCUGGAGGAGUACAAGAGCACCCUCUGCCAGCUCCAAGCACAGAAGCAGCAUUUGCAGUACGAGACGUCAGUGUUGGAGAGUUCCAUCAAGAGCACCCAGGAGAGCUAUGACGAUGAGAUCCAGUUGUACAACGAGCAGAUUGAGUCUCUGAGGAAGGACAUCGAGGAAGCCGAGAGAUCCCUGGAGAAAUACACAAAUGAGUGCCGCCACCUGGCCAUGUACCAGACCUCACUGGAGAAUGAGCUGGAGAGGUACAAGAGGAUCAUCGAGAACGAGGACAACAGGUUGAAUUCAGCGAUAAUUGGGACUCCCAUUACCUUGUUCACCACCAAUUACCGCUACACCCACACACCCACUGUGUCGAGCAGGGGCAGAGACAUCACCCAAGCCAUCCAGGACAUCACCAGUGUCAAGCCUCGCCAGAAGAACCUGGCCAAGAAGGUCCUGAAGAAGAAGGAGAUCAGCCCCAAAGAUGUGACGGACAGCGGCCAGGAGGAGAGAGUCGGUGGAGCUGAACACAUGGAGGACGAGAAGCGAGGGGUGGCAGGGGAGGAAGGCGAGGUGAAGAGGGAGGAGCAGAGGUCCCUGUACACGCCCCAGGAUGUGCCAGACGGGGCUCAGAUCAGCAAAGCCUUCGACACGCUUUGUAACAUCGUCAGAGACCGAAUGAGGAAGUACAAGAAGCCAGAGCCAAUUGCUGACUUUUACACCAAGGGGCGCUAUGUGCUGGUGACAGGCGAUGGAAGCUACCCCCACCCCCACUUCUACACCUCCAGUCCCUCCGCCGGACGCGUCUUCGUCACCAUCCGCAACGGCAUGGUCUCCCCUUAUGACCCCUUCGGGCCUUACACCCCCUCCCCCAACCCCCCUCAUCCUCAGCCCAUGCCACCCCCUGGUCCCCGUACCCCCACCCCACCCUCUGACGGAGAGGGGGGAAAAGGAGACGAUAAGGGCGGAAAAGGUGGUGGGAAGGGGAAAUCUAGGGGCGGAGACCCCGAGCCUAGGCCUAAGAACCCUACUCCCCCCCCACAGCCCAACCCUGCCCCAGCUCCAGACCCUGACCCCAAAGGCCCCAGCAAUCCCUCCGGACCCAAGGGGGGUAAAGACGACAGUCACCGCAGGGGCCCUCCUCCCAUGCCCUUCCCCCGCGGCGCUAGCAGCAUGCCGCCUGACUCCAUGAGCUACGAGAAGGUGGAGAUGGUGGAGUCAGUGGAAAAGUUCUCCAACGACCGCAAGACCAGGGGCUAUGAGGAGACAGCCAUGGUGGUGGAGACCAUGAUCGAGAAGACCAGCAAAAAGAAGAACUGAGUCUGAGAUAAGGUCGACCUCGGCCAAAAUAUCUAUACAGACUCCUCACAAGUUUCACCUCACCUUAUGCCAGUAAGAACAAACACUGAGCCAUUAUGUGACUCUGCAAAAGACACAUUCUAAAGACACUGUUCCCACCCUAUAUGAAACCAACCUUAAAGAGACAGUUCUUCCUGAUACUGCUCCUCUAUUCGCUCACGCUUUCUGGCUUUGCGUUCAGCAAGUGUUAGCUGGUUCCAUAAUGCUGCUAUUGUUGUUUUCUACCUACGCCGUAACCUUACACCUUUACUGUCUGAAAGCAUGAAGUACGAACAUCAAAGCUACAAGCUCCCUUGUCAUCUCAACCCCCAAAGUAGAGUAAACAUGGCUUUGACGUGUGAAAAAACCUCUAACAUUUUUAUAAAUUGAUGACAUGCUACUGCCCUCAUGGAUGUUUGCCACCCUUCCAAACCAAACCUGCCCCAAAACCCAAGAGCUCAUUUGUUCAAUUGGAUGCCGUCGACUGCCCUCAACACAGACCUUCUGUGUAUAAAAUUGCUUUAAUAAUAAAGAAGAAUCAAGCUUUAAAGGCGCAAAGCUC